UCUGUCGGGUUUGUGGCUAUAAUUUUUGUCCUGAGAUGGAUAUUUCACUUUAAGGAAGGUUUGGCAUGGGAUGGAGGACUCGCCGAAUUCAACUGGCAUCCGGUUUUAGUCGUUAUCGGUUUUAUUUUCAUACAAGGAAUUGGUGAGUGUAAUAAUAAAUACCAGAAUACUAUUACGUCAGUUUCACUUACGUAGUUACUACCAAAAGUUAGAGACAGUUCAAGAUUUCUUAAGAAGUCGAAACAUUUGUGAAACGAAAACGGUGAAGUUGAUCCUGUGCAACAACAAACCUUGAAAACUGAUACGAAUUGGCAAAUGCUGCGAGUACUUUCAGUAAUUCCUUCCAAGACUGUGCUAAGAGUUCUCAACAGGAUUUAUGCAGAUUCCAGAAUUCCCAAAAUUGUAUUCGACGAGGCUGGAGAUUAAUUAGCUUGCGUCACAACAAAUCCACUUGAAUUUGCUUGUAACGGUGUAACCUUGGCAUACAAAUAAAUAACAUACUAUCAUUGUAUACAGACUGCCAUGGAGCUGGAAAUGCAGCAAGUUAAUGAUGAAGUUCAUUCAUGCUGGCCUCAAUAUACUGGCCUUCAGCUUUGCUGCUGUAUCCAUGGUAGCAGUCUUUGACUUCCAUAAUGCCCAAAACAUCCCCAAUAUGUACAGCCUACACAGCUGGGUGGGGCUAGCAGCUGUCAUACUAUACUCACUACAGCUUGUUCUGGGACUUUGUGUAUACCUGAUACCCAUUACACCUCUAUCCUGGAGAGCUGCUCUGAUGCCCAUGCACAUCUACAGUGGCCUCUUCAUCUUCACCAGCGUCAUAGCAGCAGCCCUCAUGGGCAUCACAGAGAAACUGAUUUUUGGCCUGAAAGAUCCCAAGUACAAGGACUCGCCCCCAGAAGCAGUGUUUGUGAAUGUGCUAGGAGUGCUCAUAGGAGUUUUUGGAGCAGUCAUACUUUGGAUCGCCACUCGGCCUGCUUGGAAGCGCCCCAGUGAGCAGGUCCUGCAGCGCCUGCAGACCGACGCUGGACUGGCAGCUGGCCCUGGAGCUGGUGCUGCCGCGCUGCCACAGCACACUGAGAGGAUUGACCUGGAGGCCAGCGGAGAUGCCAGAAGGAGAAAUGGAAAACCGGAAGACCCAGGACCGGCCAACUGACCGGCCAACUGACCGGCCAACUGAGUGCCUCAAGAAACCCACCUGCUGGUUCUGUCUGUCUUGCCUUAUGCUGUCUCUAAAGUGUCUACUCUACUACUGAGAAAGUACCAAAACUAAAAGGAACUCCUGUUUUACAAACCUUUGCCUAUUUAGUUAGCUCCUUGGAAUUGUUUCCAUCCUUCCCAGAAUAUUUGCCUUUGAGCUUUUAAUUGAAUUAUUUAUGUAUAUUUCAGAAGGGACUGUAGUAUGAUAAAUAAUAAUUUCACAGCCCAUAUCAUCAAUGCAUUUAAUAUCAAAGUAUAUUUAUGCCAGGCAAUAUAUAUUCAAAGGUCAAUUUACACAGCUUAUGUAUUUUUUGUUAGUUUUUUACAAAUUGUAUUACCAUGAUUAAAUGGUUAGAAAUUUAUGAAGCCAAGCAAAAGUUAUCAAUAUGAUCUUUUCUUCUAUUAUUGUUAUUAGGUUCUUGUAAAGAGUUUUUUUUAUAUUCUUUAAUAAACAGUAUAUUUGACUAAAAAUGAAC